AUGGGUCCACGGUUGUCAUUAUUGGCCCCGCUGGCUCCGACUGUGGCAGUCUCCUCAUACAUUGAUGCUUUAGAAGAUUACAAAUUUGUUGAACUUCUUAGCGAUUCUCGAUUCCUCAAAACAAUCAAGGCUCUAGAUAAGCGCACUGGGUAUUGGGUCAUCAUAAAACUCAUUAUAAAACCCUCGACUCCAAACUAUACAAUCCAGUUCAACGGGCUUCUUGAACUAUUGGUGAAACAGUCUUCACUACUAGUCCCCAUAUCAAAUACGUUAACAUGGCAUAAGAUUAUUGAAACAGACCGCGCCGGGUACCUCAUUAGACAAAUGGGGAAGAUCAACUUGUACGAUCGACUAUCAAUGCGACCGUUUUUGGAGCCUAUUGAAAAGCUCUUUAUUACUUUUCAGUUAUUAAGAGUUGUUAGCGAGCUACAUUCAUUGAAUAUCCACCAUGGAGAUCUUCGCUCUGAAAACAUCAUUGUUACUUCAUCCAACUGGGUAUUUCUCACUGACUUUGCCGGACUUAUCAAACCUGUAUACUUGCCAGAGGAUAACCCCAACCAAUUCUCGUUUUAUUUUGAUACUUCGGAUAGAAGAGUCUGCUACAUAGCGCCAGAAAGAUUUUAUCACAGCCGUAACCAGCACCACAAGGUAGUACUGAAUUUUGACGAGAAUGGGGUGUUCAAGUUGCGACAUGGUGUUACUGAUGAGAUGGACUUGUUUGGAUUAGGAUGUGUUAUCGCGGAAUUGUGGUUGGAUGGCGAGCCAACUUUUACACUUUCGCAAUUAUUCAAAUUUAUGAGAGGCGAGUAUACUCCUGAUUUAACAAGUAUUCCGAACAAAGGAAUCAUCAAGCUCAUACAGAAAUUGAUCAAUGUGAAUCCAGAAGAGCGUACUGGGGCAAAAGAGCUACUUGAGGAAUUUCGAGGUUCUUGUUUUCCAACAUAUUUCUACACUUUUUUGUAUGAAUUUAUGGAAAAGCUAAAUAGCCAUGAAGAAAUUUUGCCACUGCGGUCUGCGGCAACAACAGCAACGGCAACAACAGAAGAAAACCGAAAUAAUUACAUGCUGAGCUCUAUCAGUGAUGUCAAACUCAAUUAUAUCUACGAUUCGUUUCUAGAAAUUUGCAAAAACUUACACCUUGAUUAUUUUCCUUCAAAACAAACAUUAGAUACUAAGGAACUUUUUCCCAUGCGUGUUAAUAUUCCAGGAUUGCCAUUCAACUUUCAACUUCGACCGAGCAAAAGACAAGGCGUCCAAGGUCAUCAAAGCAAAGACAAAUACAAUUCUGAUAAUGGCGAUAAAGAUAUCAAAAAUUAUGAAAAAGAAAAAGAAAAAGAAAAAGAACACGUUGAUGAUGAUAAUGAUGACAACGACGAAGAAGGUGAUGGUAAUGUUAACGAGCCGGCUCUCGUUAUCCUCAAUUAUGUCACGUCAUUAUUGAAAUCUUUGAAAUUUGUUGACUCCAAAAUCAAAUGCUGCGAGUUAAUUUUGGUACUUUCCAAUCAUCUCAACGACGAGUCAAAACUUGACCGUUCGCUACCAUUUCUUUGCACCAUUAUAGAUGAAUACAUUGAAAUCAAAUCUUCCAGCGCGUCUGCUGCUGCCUCGGCCUUUGGUGCUGCAUCUGCAAGUGAAGUUUCAGCCAAAGUUGUUUGUGUUGCAUUGCAAGCUGUGACCACUCUCGUCAUGUCAUGCUCUUACAUCACACCUAUCAAUGUACUUCUUUUCCCAGACUAUCUAUUACCGAAACUACAAAUCCUUUUGAAUUUAAAAGUUAGUCCCGAGUCACAAUCCAUGAUUAAUAGCUGUGUAGCCAGGUGUCUACCGUAUCUUGCCAUGGUGGCAAAAAGGUUCUGGACAAUGUCGAAAGCAUUCAAGGCUGGUGCUCUUUUAGGUCAGACCGCAAUUAUCUCGCCUGAUGAUGUUUUGAGAUCAGUCACAACAACAACAACAACGACAACGACAACAAUGACUAUUCCCAAGUCACAACUCGACCAAAAAUUCAAAGACCUCGCGUUGUUGAUAUUGACUGAUGCAGAUGCCGCGGUGAAGGUGAGUUUACUUGAAAAUAUCUUACCAUUGUGCCAAUUUUUUGGGAAGGAGAAAACGAAUGAUAUUAUAUUGCCACACUUGAUAUCUUACAUGAAUGACUCGAAUGUUACACUCAGGUUGGCUUUUCUCUCGGCUGUACUUUCUUUGGGUUCAUUCAUCGGAUCACUAACACUACAACAGUAUAUUCUCCCGUUAUUGAUACAAACCGUUGGUGAGGGUGACCAGCUUAUUGUUUUAAAAAUUCUUGAAAUAUUUAAUUUCAUUGUCAAGAAAAAACUAAUUAAUGCAAAGACUGAAUUUAAUGCGCUCGAGAUUUAUACCGAGCUUUUAUCAAGCUCGCUUUACUUGUUAUUACAUCCAAACGAAUGGAUCCGGCAAUCUUUGAUUAGUUUGAUCAUUGCUAUUAGUGAUAACCUCAGCGAUGCUGAUAGAUAUUGCUUUCUAUACCCAUUGAUCAAAGGCUACUUGGUAUACGAUAUUUUCCACAUUAAUUGGGAUACCCUAUAUCCUAGUUUAACUAGACCAAUUAGCAAGCAGGUGUUUGAAAUGACUUGCACGUGGGCACAAAGCUAUACAAGUAAAUCGCUAUUCUGGCAGAAAAGAAUGAAUUUUUCUUUAGUUCAGCAACAGCAAAUUCAUCAACAUCAAGUGCAGUCUAGAAAUGACAAGCUGUCAAAAAACGGAGGGAUUCUCUCUUUCUCCAAGAAUAUGGGAAAGUCAGUAUACCUUCCGAAAAUGGGUACUGUAAUCUCUUAUAAUAGUGGAAGAAGCAAAGAGAGUGUUCCGUUAAGCUCUGAGGACAAAACUUGGCUUUUGAAACUUAAAUCUAUUGGUAUCGACGACAAAUCGCUCUGGAAGCUAUUUGUUUUAAGAGAAUAUAUUUAUCGAGUUAGCAGAACACCUUCUAAAAACCUUUCGCGCUUCGAAAUGACCAUGACUACGCCGAGAAAUAUUUUUCUCAAUGUGGUGUACAAGACAGAAAAUAUUGGAUUAAGUAGUAACCAAAAGCAAAAACAAAAGCAAGAUCAUCAAAAGCUGGACCAGGAGCAGAAACGGGAGCAGAAACAACAGCAGAAGCAAAAGCAGAAGCAGAAAUUGUUUUUGUCGCUGCUGCAUGGUGAAAGUGUAAUACACAGAUCCGAAGACGCAAUUUCCACUAGGAGCAUAGAGCACGAUUCCCACCAGACUCUUGUGCUUCCAAAUAUGGAAAGGAUAGUUGCUUCACUUCAGACAGUGGAGACAAAUGUAUUUGGUGAGAUGGAGUCUAGUAAGGGAAUUGUUGCUAAACCAUCAUGGAUCAAUAACCCGUGUGUUUUGCAUAAAGUCUUUCACGUUGAUGAGAAUGGUAGGGUAACUAUGUGUCAUAUUCAGCAUACAUAUGAGGGAAACAACCCAUUUAUUUGGAAUUUCUUACAAACGUUGCCCAUUUCGCCUACAUUGGAUAAUUUUGCUGAGUUUGGAAAAGUGAUUAAUUCAAGGCUGAAAACGAAUGUGGACGAUAUUGAUGUUCCAGAGAUAUUUAGCCUCAAUGUACGUCGAGCCAGCGAGAAUAUAGAUGCAUUCACUUGUUUGGCGAUUGCGCCAGGUAAUGAGUUUUUUGUCACUGGGACGGAGAAUGGGAGAAUUGCUAUUUGGGACAUUUCGCAAUUGCAUGAUCUUGCACGCGCCAAAAACCCUAGUCAACAACUAGAUUUGACUUCGAGAAUAACGUCGGUGACGUUUUUGCAUAAUCGAUUUUGCUUCGUAGUGACAACAAGAGAUGGCACAAUUCGCAUAUUACGAAUUGAAGCUAACAGAAACAAGGCAAAGAAGAUUAUUAAGUUUAUGAAACCAACUUUGAUACGAGAAGUUCAAGUCGACACAUUUAUAUCUCAUACGAAGGUGAUUGGCCAAACUUUGUACGCGAUUGAUUACCAACUGAAGAUUAAUAUUUACGAUAUGAUUACAAUGGAGAAAGAAUCGCAUCUGUUGCAAAAUCCAUUAGCGUAUGGAACUGUGACUUCUUUCAUAUCUGGAGAAGCAGAAAAAAGCUGGAUACUUUUGGGAACGAAUAAAGGCUAUUUGUCACUAUGGGAUUUGCGAUUCAAGUUACUUUUGAAAUCAUGGAGGGUUGAGAUUAAUGAUAAAGGUGACGGUAAAAUCAGCGUUGAUAACAUUGUUCUGUUGAAUAUAGCUAGAAAGAGUAGGACCAACCAAAGUACUGCUGGAGGUACUGCAGGUCAUUCAAGAUACCCCAAUAGCAACUCAAUCACAAUUGUGGUUAAAAGUCUGCCAGAUGAUAUUGAAACAACGUGGGAGAUACCUUCCUUAGAUUGCCAAAGUGUUACAAAAAAGGGUAAGAGUGUGCAGUAUAGAUGUCGUUUAGUGGAAAUCAGCUCUGAAGUUACAUUGGACGAAAUUGCCUUGAUGCUAGAUGAUUUGAAAUUAAACCUCAAAUAG